AUGGCAAUAACGACAACUAAAUCAGGUAAGACAUACGAUGAACUAAAGGCUGAAUGUUUGAAAGAUGGCGCCCUAUUCGAGGACCCAGACUUCCCAGCGAUCGACUCCAACAUUUUCUUCAGCCAGUCGGCCCCGAAAGCGUUUCAGUGGCUCAGACCCGGAGAAAUCCUAGAGGGAUCUGGUACAUCUCCGGAAUUUUUUGUUGGUGGGGCCAGUAGGUUUGACGUAAAACAAGGAGAAUUAGGUGAUUGUUGGCUACUAGCGGCACUGGCUUGUCUCAGUCAAUAUCCAAAAUUGAUGGAAAACGUCAUACCAUCCAGUCAAUCGUUCGGUGAGGGCUAUGCCGGCAUCUUCAAGUUUAAUUUCUGGGUCUUUGGAGCCUGGAGGGAGAUCGUUGUGGAUGACAGGUCGACUGCCUACCUACAAUGGCAGCUUGUUUUCUUACAUUCGACGGAGAAAAAUGAAUUUUGGAGCUCUCUACUCGAAAAAGCAUAUGCCAAAUUGGUCGGUUCGUAUGAGUCAUUGAAAGGUGGUUCCACGAGUGAAGCUUUUGAAGAUUUUACAGGAGGAGUGGCUGAGUUUUUUGACCUGGGCCCUAAGGCGCCUAGCAACUUAUUGGCCAUAAUGUUGAAAUCGUUCGAGCGCGAAUCUUUAAUGGGCUGCUCUAUUGACGCCGAGCCGACACAAUUUGAAUCCAAGUUGAGUAAUGGCUUAGUGAUGGGUCAUGCCUACAGCAUAACUUCAGUUAAGAUGGUCGACAUAAAAACCGCGAAUAAAGCCGGGAAAAUUCCAUUGGUCAGAAUGCGAAACCCCUGGGGGAACGAGGCAGAAUGGAAGGGUCGAUGGAGUGACCAAUCGCCAGAAUGGAAGUUGAUAGCAGAUGAUGAGAAGGAGGAGCUGGGACUGGUCUUCGAUAAAGAUGGCGAGUUUUGGAUGUCGUUCGAAGACUUCAAGUCCAACUUCACCAAACUUGAACUCUGCUACCUCUCCCCAGACACGCUUGAAGACGAGAAGAUCGUCUCGUCCGGAAAAGUUCGGCAAAAAUGGCAGAUGACCACCAUGGAGGGAAGCUGGAAGAAAAGAAUUACAGCCGGAGGCUGUAGAAAUUAUUUAGACACCUUCUGGACAAAUCCUCAAUACCGAUUCGAGGUCAUUGACCCCGACGAGGAUGAUGAUGAUGAUUUCGGCACGGUCAUAAUCGCACUGAUGCAGAAGGAUAGGAGGAAGUUCAAGAAGGAGGGGGUCGACCUGCUCACAAUCGGCUACAUCAUGUACGAGUUGAAAGAUCCAAACUGCAAGCCUCUUGACAUGCGUUUUUUCAAAUUCAACGAAUCGAAAGCGAAGUCGCCCAACUUCAUCAACCUCAGGGAAAUAUGCGGCAGGCACAAACUGAAGCCAGGACAUUACUGCUUGAUACCCUCGACCUUUGAACCGAACGAAGAGGGCGAUUUCCUUAUUAGGAUGUUUAGCGAGAAGACCGUUCCGUCAGAAGAAAUUGAUGAAAAAACAGGCCUCAAAGAACCAGAGCCGGAAGUAGUCGCAAAAACCACACCGGAAGAUGACGCGGCCACUGCAGCUUUGAAGGAUGCUUUUGGAAAAAUUUCAGGAAUUGACAAUGAGAUCGAUGCUUACGAGCUGCAAGAGAUUCUCAACUCCGUUUUCCAAAAAGAAUUCAAAUUCGACGGCUUCUGUGCGGACACUUGUCGGAGUUUGGUCGCCACUAAAGAUAACGGAGUGACGGUCAGCAAUCAGACGUUCAACGCUCUGGUGAUGCGUUACAGCCAUAAGGAUGGGAAGAUAUAUUUUGAUGAUUAUAUCCAUAUGAUAGCCCGUCUCAGUACUCUGUUUGGUGAGUGA